CAGAAUUCGUGGCGUGCUCGGUGCUGCGAAAUGAAGUCAGAUGAAGUGCGCCAUUGUCCGACGGCGGAGCGAUUGUCGGGCUUUCCGAUGAUAUAGACCGUUUCUUGCGGUUUCAGCGGUAUUGUACCGCUAGAAUAUACAUAACAGAGUAUUAUGACGAUCAUUUUAUUUCUCGUUGACACGAGUGCGUCAAUGAAUCAACGCACGUAUUUGGGAACUGCGUGUAUCGAUGUCGCAAAAGCAGCAGUCGAGACGUUUAUGAAGAUAAGAUCCCGCGAUCCAAAUAGCAGAUGGGACCGAUACAUGUUGCUGACUUAUGAAGAUCCGCCAUUGAAUGUCAAGGCGGGUUGGAAAGAAAGUCAUGCCACAUUUGUCAACGAGUUACGCAAUCUACAAGCAUCUGGUUUAUCAACUUUAGGUCCAUCUCUUAAACACGCUUUUGAUUUACUUAAUAUCAAUCGCAUGCAGACAGGAAUAGACACAUAUGGACAGGGAAGAUGUCCAUUUUAUUUAGAACCAGCAGUAAUUAUAGUAAUCACAGACAAUAGUCCGUUAACCAGUACUAGUAGUGUACAGUUACAGUUAAACCUUCCAAUGGAUACGGCAGUACCAGGUUCGGAAUUAACUAAAGAACCUUUUCGUUGGGAUCAGAGAAUUUUUGGUCUUGUACUAGGAAUGUCUGGUUCCAUUCCGUCCGAAAAUAAUUCCUUCCCCUUUAUCCCUUCAGCAGAAAGUCAUCCAAUAGAUGUUAUGUGUGACGUAACAGGUGGUCGUUCCUAUGCAAUUUUGAACCAGAAGAUGUUGAAUUCCUCAAUAGAAUCUCUAGUCCAGAAAGUACAGACAGGUGUUGUCAUCAAUUUUGAAAAGUUUGGCCCAGAUCCCCCGGUAAUUAAUGAUGGUUUACGGGCAGACAUCAUAUCUGAUACAAAUGGAAAUUUAAAAGAAAAUCAAGAUGUAAAUAAACAAAUAAUUGUAGAUAAAGAACUAAAUGAUGAGAAAAAAUCAAACAAUAUUUCUCUGCAACCCGCUCCAUGGCAUGCAUGCAGGAAGUUAAUCUAUGUUCCUAGAUCAGCACAAAAAGGUUACUCUGUAGGUCAUUGGCCAAUCCCUGAAGCGUUCUGGCCAGAUGCAACCAACCCAAAUUUACCUCCUAGAACAGCACAUCCCAAUGUGAGAUUUUCCUGUGCAUUAAGUGAUCCGUUGGUAAUAGAUAAUUUACCUUUUGAUAAAUAUGAACUGGAACCUUCGCCGUUAACUCAAUAUAUCUUAGAAAGGCGACAACCUAAUACCUGCUGGCAGGUACAUGUUAGUAAUAGUGCUAAAUUCAGUGAACUCUAUCAUCCAUUUGGUUAUAUUAAAGCUAGUAGUGCUUUAACUACUGUUAAUUUAUUUGUUAUGCCAUAUAAUUAUCCUAUAUUACUUCCUUUAUUAGAUGAUCUAUUUAAAAUUCAUAAGUUAAAACCAAAUCCUAAAUGGAGACAACAGUUUGAUAAUUACCUCAAAACCAUGCCAGGAUAUUAUGCCGGGCCAUUAAGAAGAGCAUUAGCCAGAAUGGGUGCUCCUAACUUAGUUCCAGAUCAAAUGGAUAAUUGUCUUUCAUAUAGUGUUAUUACCUACCUCAAAAAAUUAAAAAAUCAGGCUAAAGUUGAAAUGGAUCGUUUAUUGGCUUCAGUGGGUCAGAAAGUUCCAGUUCAUGAAGGAAUUAAAGUUAAUUCUAGAACUAAAACGUCAUUUUUAAAAAGAAAAGACUUUAAUCAACUUGUAGAGAAUUUGGGAGCUAAUGUUUCUAGUUUAAAACAAGAAAUACAAGAUUAUAAUAGUUUUACAAUAGCUGCUCCUGUUAAAACAAUACAACCACAAUAUUAUAGAAAUCCAUACGACAUUCCACGUAAGAGUUUGUUAGACCAGGUGAAGAGAAUGAGAACCAACUUUCUACAGACAUCUUAUAAUAAUACUAAAUUAAUAGAUGAAGAUCAGAGACAUAGUAUACCCGUACAACAAAUGGGUAAUUAUCAAGAAUAUUUAAGGAAACAACCUCAGCCAUUACGCGAAUUGGAAAGUACACCUGCCAGAAUACAUACCUUUGGUAAUCCAUUCAAAGUUAAAUCUAAUGAGAUAAAGAUAGAUGAGGCAGAUGAAGCAGCUGUGUUUGGUUCUGCAGGCAAUAAUCAUUCUAGAAAUAAGCGAGCAGCUUCAGAAAGUCCACCAGCAUCUCCUGGUCCUAGAAAACGUAAACCUGGUCCAUUACCACGAGGUGUAACAAUUCGGCGACCAUCGACCACACCCCUCACACCUGCUAGUAGUCCUACAAGAAGUGAUUCCAGUGAUAGUUCCUUUGACGAUCUGGGUGAUGAUCGACCUUUAGAAAUAGUGCUAGAUUCCGAUGAGGAUAAUUAUGAAGUGAACAAAUCUGUGAACAAAGUGAACGCUAAUCAUGUGUUACCGGAAGUGAACGGUGAUGAAGAAUCUGUGAUAACCCCACAAAAUCAAAGUGAACAGCCAUGUGUUAACCACUUAAACUCUAAUGUCAACAUGCAUACAAAUAGUAAGAAAGACUUGAAUAUUUGGAUGUAUAAUUCAAAGUUAAGACAUUCCUGUUUUAAAGAGAUAAAAAAGCCAGGCAGACACUAUGAGCAGUUAUUCUCUCAAUUGAAUACAGUACGGGGGCCGAUAGAAACGCGCUGUAGUUUCCUCAAAGAACUCAUACAUGAAGCUACUCGUUUUAAAAAGAAAAUGUUGGUGCAAAUGUUGGAACAAUUCGAACAAUCUAUGAUAAAAGUGGAAAAAGCCAGUAGUGGUUCGAGAUGAUAUACAAUUCUGAACUUUGACCUGGAAUAAUUUGGACUUUAUAUAUUCCAUAUCAGGGCUUAUUUAUUGUGAUAAUGCAAGCAGGGAGAAUCAUGAAAUGGUUCUAACUUGUGAUUUAACAGUUCUUGUAUGUUUUGUUUGUGCCGUCUGCUUGUGGGUAUUUUAAUACAUCUAUUGGUGACGAAAACUGAAUAACAUAUGAAAACAAUAUUGUACAAAAAAUAUGUUCCGUAUGAAGAAUAAAUGUGUUGAAUGUGCUAAAAAAAAAUAUGGAAUAAGGACAAUUAACAAAUGAAUUAUGGUCACAGAAAAUUGUGGAUAAAUGAGUAAAAUAAAGAAAGUGUGAAUUGUUGGAAGAAAAUCUCGAUGUUCUAUCAUUUAAUUCAGGAUAAAUGUUUACAACUGAAACUCCUUAUAUAUUUUAUUGAAUGAAGUGAGAAAAGUUCUUGGUUCUAAACUAUUAGACUAGUAUGUCCACUGUUUAUUGUUAUAAUACAAAAAACCAUAAUCCAAAUACACUUUAUCACCCAAUUGUAUCUGCUCAUCAAGUGGACGAUCUUCUCAAAUAGUUUUUCUUCACUUCUUGGUAGUUCUCUGAUUUUUGUUGUUUUUCAUAUUCUUUGGCUGUGUCAAAAAUAAACUUGAAUAGCUUAAUUUUCCUCAGAAUUAGACCUCACCUAUUUACAUGCCUGCAUUGAAAUUUGAUGAUGAUUUGUGACCCCUUGUCAGUCGUCUACAUGAUGUUGUCAGCAUUGAACUGAUAACUUCGAGAGUAGUCCUACAUAAAGUAUCUUGUGAACAGUCUAACGACAAAUGUUGCCAUCCUAUCUGCUUGAAAUUUGUGUGCAUUGUUCGGAUUAAUGUAAUAAAGAAAGCUAUCGAAAUUCAUAAUCAGUUCUAGUGCUGUGGAGGCUUUGCUCUUAAGGCUUAUUCACUUUGUAAAAUCUAGUAAAUGCUGUGAAAUCUAGUAAAUGCUCUGUUGGCAAAGGCUAUGUCUGAUCUGCUUGAAAUGUAUAUUCAUUGUACUGACCAGUCAACAGAAUCCUAUUGAAUUUCAACUAUUUCUGAUACUUACUGAUUACAUUAUAUAACACCAAAACACCAGUGAUAUAAUACAAAAUUAGCUCUUUGUGCACCAGAAGAUUCACAAACGUGAUUGCAACCUUACUGUUUUCUGCUCCGAUGACUUGAAUGUGGCUGUUAAUACAUGUAGGUGUCGAUGUUUUGGUUCUUAAUUUUUAGCUCUUAGCAUUGAAAGUACAAUGUCAGUAAGAACAUAGCACUUAUUUCAGGCACUUGUGUUUUGUUAUUCAUCUACAUGUAUCUAGUGAAUACGACACUAUAAGCAGUUAAAACAAAAAAAAUGUCCCAAUUUUGUCCCCCGCCCUUCGAAGAAAGCAGGGUUCUGUUAAAAUGGGUUUGUCCAUCUGUCUGUCAGUCCAUCUGUCUGUUCUUCACACGUUUUGGGACACAAUAAAUAUCCUUCUAAUUGAGCUAGAAUGUUUAAACUUGGUGUACAUGUAGAUGUUUAUUAGGUCGAUGCUUUGAAGUUCGAAGAUAGCAUUUUCUGCUUAGGGUAAGAAUAGAAAUGCAAAUUUGAUUGAUUGAUGCUUUGGGACACAAUAACUAUAACUUUAGUUCUGAUUAAGUGAGAUUGAUCAAACUUGUUGUAUAGUUUCAUUACAUCAGCACCUUGACUAAGUUCGAAAAUGAACAUUUUCUGCUCAGGGUAAGCAGAGCGAUAAGCAAUUUGAUUGGUUGAGAAUUUGGGACACGAUAACUUUAGUUCUAUUUAAGUGAGGGUGAUGAAACUUGGUGUAUAGUUUCAUCACAUGAAUACCUAUUCUGCUCAGGGUAAGCAGAGCAAUAAGCAAUUUGAUUGUUUGAGACUUUGAAACACAAUAACUCUCCUUCUAAUUGAGGUAGAAUGUUCAAACUUAGUGUAGGCGUUCAUUAGGCGAAUGCCUUGAUGGAGUUCGAUGAUGAAAAUUAUCUGCUUACAGUAAGCAGAGAUAAGCAAUUUGAUUGGUUGAUGCUUUUGGGCACAAUAACUUUGACUAAGUUUGAUGAGAAUUUUCUGCUUAGGCUAAGCAGAAUUUGAUUGGUCAAGACUUUGGAACAUAACUCUGCUUUUAAUUGAGGUAGAAUGAUUAAACUUGAUGUUGAUGUUCAUUAGGUGAAUGUCUUGACUGAGUUCAAUGUUGAACAAUUCCCACUAAAGCUAAGCAAUUUCUUUGACUUUGAUACUAUCUGAUGGAGAGUGAUGAAACUUAGUGUAUAGUUAAUCAGUUUGAUUGCUGAAUACUUUCUGAAAAAUAUAAAUGUGCAAUAAAUUAUUAUGUCAUCUAUUUAUUUCGGGAUUUCGGCGGGGGACAUUGGCCUCACUGUUGGCUUGUUAUAUCUUAACACAAGGUAGACUGUAAAAAAUGUGAACAGGAAACAGAUGUCCCUAAAUCUCUAUCUAGUGACGGCCAUGGAAAGUAAAAAAUACCGAAACGAAAUAAAAUAUAAUUUUAAUUAGAAUGUGAGUAGGCUAUACAUAUUGAAAUAAUCACAUACAAAUUAUUAUACCAGUGUAGAGAGAGGAAAGAAAUGGCACAGAAUUAGUAAACUUUAUGUAUGUAGACUUUUAACAGGAUAAUACCAUAAAUACAUGUAGCAAAUCUGUAACAAAUUCUCAAGAAAAUACAAAAUUAAUAUUAGCAGUCAAAUCUGACUAUCGUAUCAGCAUUAUUUCAUUGUCAUGUUCAUAAUAAACAGAAUUCACUAAUUGACACUAUAUUGAAUAAUUUUUUAUCUUGUGUUAUUUUGUUUUAAAAAUAAACCAACAAAAGGCUCAAACCUAAAUGGAAAGUUAAUGAAAAUUGUAAAUAUUCAGGACUGUUCUUGAAUUAAGCUAUGCCUGAGUGAAAUUAUUUGACAACGUCGAAUUGUUUGUUACUAAAAAUGUGUAGUAUCAUUCAUUUGUUCACAAGUUAUUCAAUUUUGAAUAAAUAAUUUAAUUAUUGAUCUUAUUUUUAAUUCAACUUGAAAAAAUACCUCCAUAAGACAGCAGAAAUUGAAGGUGACUUAGAAAUCAAGAGAAGACACUGUAGGUAAUAUGAGAGUUAUUAGGCUUGAAUACAGUACAAGUUUAUAAAUAUAUGAAACUAUUCGGCAGUUAAUAUUAUUGAUUGGAAUUUCUUAUUAACCGUUACCUUUGUUAAUAAAAUUUACGUUUCAUAAUGAAUAUAAAAUUCCUCUCUUUAUGUCAACAUUAUAGAUAUGAACACACAUGGUGCUAUUGAUUUUAGAAUUACUGUAUGGUCUUUCACUAUUCAUCAACACAGACUCCUUUUGUUGUGGGCAUAAAUACAGCUAAACCAUGACAAACAUGCCUGUAGACCAGGAUUACAUUACCCCUAAUGAUGAAUUAUCUCCCCUUUAGUGUUCAUUUUAAACAACUGUGGCAUGGUCUUGAUAUAAUGUAUCUGUUGAAGAGAUGAUAGGGAGUUGCUAACUAUCAGGUAAUGAGUCGGACAUGGUUUAUUUCUUUGGUUGCUUUCAUUAUUAACACAAAAUUCGAGACAUUGAACAGUGUUGUACAACUAGUGUGAAAUGAUAUCGCAAAGUAGUUGACAAUGACAUUUCUUUAACAACUUGAUUAUCAGUUUGGUCUGAUCUCCCAAUUCUCAAAUCACUCUUUAGAACGUAUUCAUAAUAAACUUGGGCCACCAGAGAAUAUAUAACAGCAGUAUGUUUUUGGUUCCACUAGAAUUCAAGGCCAGAUAUAAACUCACAAAAAUAUCAAACUAUAGACUGUAUGAAUUCUUGUAGGAUCCAAAACACGGUUUCCAUUUUGAUUUUUUGUGUAGACCCAUUGUGAAACAGACAUAAAGCCUGAUCAUGUGAGUUUGACUGUGUAAUUAUCAAAAACCUGUUGUCUCUUGUGAACUUAUGCGUCUAAUGUGUGCGCUUUAGAUCCGAAAGUCCUAUCAUUGAAUCUAGUGUUUCUGGUAUAGAUCCAAGGCUAGUAGGCACAUGUGCACUUCUCCAGUUUUCAAAAAAUUAUUGAAUACAGAUACCUUCUGGAUUGUAGGCUCUUCACACCUGCAACUAUCAAGUGCUUAAUGCAUCACCAAAGUUUGUAGCAAAUCAAAUUUAUGUGUAGUUUAAUGGUCGAGUGUGAGACAUUAAGUAAUGUAUCGAUAUUGCACGAGUGCGUUAUCGAUAUUGCACGAGUGCGUUAACUCGAGGGCUGUAAUCUAUAUAUUGCACAAGAAAUUGAACAACUUAAAAUACAGACAUUAUCCAGCACGUGCAUUUCUAUGAAAUAGUCACGCGGGUCCAAUAUUUCAACUAGUAUAAAUAAUGUACGCUUGGCACAUUGCCCGUACCAUUAUGUGAAAUAAAGGUACCCAACAUCAAAGGAUGACCUUGCAUCUGUAUUUUAAAAGGAAUUAGUGGAUAUCCUCAUAUGAUGAAUAGAAAUCCUACAUAUUAGGAGUACUCAAGACAUAAGAGUGUAUACACAAUCCAUGAAACAAUACUAAAACAACUAUGCCAACUGGCAAAUGUAUACUUGAUAUAAAGAGUUUGGACAUAUGUAUGAAUGUAUGGUAUAUGAUAUUAUUGCUUUAUUCAUGAUAUCAGAAUGUGAUAAAUAUGUAUAUUGUAUUGUUUUCUACCACUGUUACUCAAUAAAACUGUGAUAUUAAAUGAA